UGCGUGAAAAACAUUUGAAAAACGGAAAUCAGUUAGAUCGCAUUAAAAAUAUUUUUUUGAAAAUCAAGUGAAUUUCGCUUUCGAGUUUUAAGCACUUGCAAUUUAACCGUUCAAUUGGAUUGAACUGAAUAAUUUUGUUGAUUAUACCAUUGAGUGUAUGAAGUGUUUUUUUCAUUAAAAUUUUGUUACGGAAUAGUAUCCACAGUAUAGUGACAAAGGAAAAUCGGGAAAAACAGUCGUUGAAAAAAUCGAAUAAUUUGAAAAACGAGUAUAAAAAGUGGAAACCAAUUUCAAUUGUGCAAAUUAAAUUAAUUAUUUUGCAUCCAAAAUGCCACCAACAUCGAAUUUCGGACAAGAUAUUACAAACACAACACCGAAUGAUAGCAACAAUAAUAAUCGAGAUGAUUCGAAUGGAAACAGUGGCGGUAUAUCGAUUGUAAAUAUUGAAAGGAUGGGAGGAACACAAUUGCUGCCCAGAUUGGCUGGCAAAGGAGUGAUAAGAGUGGUGGGACGAUGUGAGGAUGCCAAAGAGAACAACAAUUUGGAUCUUUCGGAAUGUCAAUUGAUGCAUGUACCCGAUGCUGUCUACCACUUAAUGCGAAAUACUGAACUCAAAUCGUGUGACUUAAGCUCCAAUGUUAUAACAAAGAUCACACCGAAAUUUGCCAUGAAGUUCAGUUUGAUAACAGAUCUGAAUUUAUCGCACAACCAAAUGUCGAAACUGCCCGACGAGCUAGCUGACUUGGCAUCGCUUUUGCGAUUGGAUAUGUCACACAAUUCGUUCUUAACAUUGCCGGCUGUCGUUUUUAAAAUGCCGAAGUUGAGACAACUGUUGGCUAACAACAAUGCUAUAAUCGAUAUCGAAGGUGACCAAAAGCAGAUAUCAUCCGACUCGUUAGAGCUGGUCGAUUUGCGGAACAAUCCACUCACGCCACAAUGCUACGAAUCGCUGAAAAAUGCUCCCGUUAACUUCCACAUCGAAUUAACGGAACGGCAGAAAGAAGAUUGGGAAGAUCUUACCAUUUAAAUUUCCGCGUAAAGUGACCGCAAAUCUCGUUAUUCUUAUCAUAUAAGUCGUACCGCCCGGGGUUCCCGAUUGCGAGCAUAGAUUAAUUUAUAGACUUAGUGGCGAUAACUGCACGGAACGAAAGAAGGAACACACUCCGUUUCUUUUUGUUUAUCGGACAAACGUUUCACGGGGCGACCGCACCGAUGGUCUACUUCAUUGAAGUAGUCGAAGUUGUCGAGUGCAAGUCGCUUUGGCUCCGAGUGCUGAGUGUCACUAGAAUAAUGUAAAUAGAUGUUAAAGCUCAUACCAAAAACGUUAAUCACUGAAUAGUUCUUAAGAAAUUGUGUGAUAAAUUCUAAGUGAUAACCGCCAAACGAUAAGGAUGGGAAAAUUUUAAGAGUGGAAAAUUGGUCAUUUGUGACAAGGAAGUUCCUAACGUCUUUUUUCGCAUGUUGAUUUAUAUAACUGAUUUAGAUUUUGUAAGACAAUUUAACCGCCUUGUUAUACACAGGCACUCUAUUAAUAUAACUACUCAAAGGGAGAGUUCAUUAACACACUUUAGGUAAUAAGUACGUUGAGGCUAACAACCGAGGUGGAUCGAUUUUGUAUUACGUACGAUCUCAUGUUCUUGCAUUUUGUCCCGGUUUACAAUUCAUUUGUUCCAAAUUUUUCGAAAGAGAAUCGCAGCAUUGGUUGCGUUACUUCUUGUAAACUACUAGCUACGACAUUUCGAUGUUCUACAUUGUUAACAGUUAAAUGCAGAAACCGGACGUGUCACAUUAGCGAAUUAUGAGAAAAAUGAAAUUUGAAUCAUUUGGCUCCGCUCCGAAUAGGCGUUUAUGGUUUUAACCAGAGAGAUGAAGAUAUGACAACUGGGAUGACGCUUCGAUCGAUAGAGGUAGCAUCUCGGCCAUUUAAAAAAAUGUUGAAUGCGAUGCGACCAAUAAAAACUGUCAUAACCACACAUUUUAAAUUAUUUGAACACCACCAAUUUCAACAAAAUAAAGUGCUAACGGUACUAACUGUCGAAGCGACGUCCCAGUCGCCAUAUUAUCAUCUAUCUGGUUAAUAACUAUCAAACUAUCUGUUGACAUCGUCAGCCUAUUUGAGCCGUCAAUGAAAUUUCAUUUUUCUUAUAAUUCGAGCGUGUGACGCGUCCCGUACAGAAACGGUAAUGUCAUCCAACAGAAACAAUAGAAUUUUCUAUCUUUCUUCUAUUUAAAAAAUAGCGGACCGAUGUCGUUGGUGCAAUGUCUUGAAAUUGAUUGAACCAGAUUUUCUCGCAACACGAACCAAUGGACUUUUACAGAUUCAAUUAGAGUAAACUCUAUGCAAGUACCAAAUAUAAACGACACCACAAAAAGUUAAUCGAAAGAACAGCGGACAGAUAGUUCGUUUCAAAGUUCCUUUAAAAACCGAACCUGGGCGUCGAUUCUCGUGAAAUCAAGAACUUGAUAGUUGCCACCUCAAAGCCAAGAGUGUUCCAUAGGUGACAACUGUCAAGUCUUGAAUUCUUAAAUUCCAGAGAAUCGGCGCCCAGAACUCAUGCACUUAUGAUGAAUUUUAAAGCUGUCGUUCAGGCCUAUCUCGAUCAAUAGUUUAGAUUUUUUCUAUAACUGCAACUAACAAGACUAAUAUAUUCUAACAUAUCUUAUGAAUUCAAUUGUAAUAAUGAAUAGUUUUCAGAUAGAAAUCGGACACUUUACGUUUGACAUUUUAGUUCUAAUUUAAUUUAAACUUAAAAAACAUCGAAAAGAAAUCAGACUUUUUAUACUUGAACAUUUGGAAAACAAUAAAAACGAUUGAUUGUUAUACAUUGACU